AUGAAGGAUCUUGUCAUCGUCCCGCUCAACAAGGGGCAGGUUCUGCAAGCAGGGAAGUACUGUGAGGAACACAGUGUUCCGUUACCGCCAGUGGUGAGAGAGCAACUUCGGAUCACGGAGGAGCUCUCGGACGAGGAGAGCAUCAUGGCUACUUCCGCCUCCCAGUGCGCCUGGCUGAUGAGCUUGACGCAAGUUUUGAAGCCUGCCCGAGUGCUUGAGCUGGGCACCUUCACUGGCGUUGGCGCUCUUGCGUUCCACGAAGCCACGAAGCACACCAACGCGGAGAUUGUGACUGUCGACGUGUCGGAGAAGUAUCUGAAAAUUGCGGAAGACGCCUUCAAGCGACACCGGGCCACAAAUCGGAUUCGUGUUAUCAAGGGGAAUUGUCUCAAUGUCCUUCACACAUUAGAAGGUCAUUUUGAUCUCAUCUACGUGGACGCCGAGGAGGAUGAGUACGAAGCGUACACGCGGUUGAUCCUCGACCACAAGCUCUUGUCUCCGCGGGGAGUCCUCAUUAUCGAUGACACUCUUCUGGAAGGGCUGGUGUUUGACCGCUCUAUUUCGAAGAACUUCCCCGAACAAAUCCAGGAGCCCUACCUGGCGAUUGCCGACAGGAUGAAUCGGUUCAACAGGUUUGUUGCGUCAGACCCUCGCAUCACCGCAACUUUGAUCCCAGCUUUCAAUGGUGUUACACAGAUCAUGUGGAAGUAG